CAUCAUCAUCAUCAUCAUCAUCACCAUCAUCCUCCUCAGCGGGGCCGCCGGUUCUCCCGGAGCCCCGCGAUGCUCCGCCGCCGCCUGCCCCUGCUCGGGCCCGGGCUGCUGCUGCUGCAGACGGUUUGCGCCGGCGGCCACAUCCCCAAAACCUUGGGCUACCUGGAGAUGGGCACCUCGGGCCUCCUCAAGGACGUCCCCUACGGCGCCCUGAACCCCCCGGCACUCAACCCCGGGCACCUGAUCCCGGCAGAGCCCCCCAGGGUGGGCACGGGGGUCCCAGCGGGCACCUCCCACAGCCCCUGGCACUGGCAGAAGAACCAAACAUCCCUGGAGCCCCCGAGCCCCCGCGGCCACCGCAAGCCCACCCUCAAAUCCAGCCGCGCCAAGAAGAUUUUCGGCUGGGGCGACUUCUACUUCAACAUCAAAACGCUCAAAUUCAGCCUCCUGGUGACGGGCAAGAUCGUCGACCACAUCAACGGCACCUUCAGCGUCUACUUCAGGCACAACUCCUCCAGCCUGGGCAACGUCUCCGUCAGCAUCGUGCCGCCCUCCAAGGCCGUGGGCUUCGAGGUGGUGGUGCCAGCCCUGCCAGGGCCACCUCCCCGUGCCCAGCAGAGCACCCUGCCCGAGGGGCGCCCGGCCAAGGCGCUCAACUGCCACGUGGAGUACGAGAAGACCAACAGGGCCAGGAAGAACAAGCCGUGCCUCUACGACCCCUCCAAGGUUUGUUUCACCGAGCACACGCAGAGCCACGCGGCCUGGCUCUGCUCCAAGCCCUUCAAGGUCAUCUGCAUCUUCAUCUCCUUCCUCAGCAUCGACUACAAGCUGGUGCAGAAGGUCUGUCCCGACUACAACUUCCAGCAAGAAAAUCCAUAUUUUGGCUGAUGGCAGCGGGACAGGGGGGGUUUGGUGGCAUUUGGGGGGCCCUGUCACCCCCAGGUCAGCCUCCUCUUCAUCACUCUGACCUUCAAGGUCUUCUGCAUCUUCAUCUCCUUCCUCAGCAUCGAUUACAAGCUGGUGCAGAAGGUCUGUCCUGACUACAACUUCCAGCAGGAGAAUCCCCAUUUUCAGCAGGAAAAUCCUUAUUUUGGCUGAUGGCAGCAGGACAGGGGGGCUUUGGUGGCAUUUGGGGGGCCCUGUCACCCCCACAGGAGCCUCCUCUUCAUCACUCUGUGCUGGCUUGUGGGACAGUUGGUGCUGGGGGUCCUGGACCCCACCCAAUGCUGCUCCAUCACUGGGGUUCAGUUGGGGUUGGGGGGUUGCGGGUUCCAUCCCAAAAUGACAUCCCAGCCCUGCAGCACAACGGGGUACGGGCAGUUCUGGGGCUCCCCUCCACCUCUGAGACCCCGUAAUUGGGGUACGGGCACUUCUGGGGGUCCCCUCCAUUCCCUGAGACCCCAUAAUUGGGGUACGGGCAGUUCUGGGGGUCCCCUCUACCCCUGAGACCCCAUAAUUGGAGCACCCCUGUUCUGGGGGGUCCCUCAUUGAGACCCCAGCCCUGCAGCCCCCCAUUCUGGGGUACACCUUUUUUUGGGGUCCCUUCCAUCCCCUGAGACCCCAUAAUUGGGGUACACCUGUUCCUGGGGGUCCCCCACUGAGACCCCAUCAGUGCAGCCCUCCAUUAUGGGGUUUUGGGGGUCACCUCCACCUGUUUUUGGGGUCCCAUCCAAUCCCUGAGACCCCAUCACUGGGGUACACCUGUCCCUGGGGGUCUCCCAUUGAGCACCCAUCAUUGGGGUACCCCUGUUUUUGGGGGGGGGGGGGUGUCUCAGCCCCCUCCCCCACUGACACCCCAUCAUUGCAGCACUGGGAAUCCUGGACCCCCAAAACCCCUUGAGACCCCUCCCCAGCCCCCCAAAACUCCACCCCUGCCUCCCCUCCCCAUUGGGUUCAACUGGUGCUGGGGGUCCCGGCCCCCCCCCCCACCCAUCGAGACCCCCCCAAUGCAGCCGGGGGGUGCAGGCAGGACCCCCCCCCAUGCUGGGGGGACACAGGGGGGCGAU